UCUACAGUGCAGCGUUAUGGCGAUCUCCAGUCUGUGUUGUGGUCUUAUAACGCUGUGGAUGUUAGGUUUCCUUGUUCCAGAUGUUUGUGCCGCUACCCGAUGCAACUACUACAGCUCCUACGGCUACUACACCUACCGCUACUGCACCUACGGUUGUUGCGGGAGUAGCUACGCCUACGUGUGCUGCUCCAGUGCCACGAGUUUCGUGUUGUCUGGUGGUGCCAUCACAGGCAUUGUGAUGGGAGCUCUUACUGUAGCUGUUGUCAUCUUCAUUAUCUUGAUCAUCUUGAAGAAAAAGAAAUACUGGAGAGGCAGGAGUGUUGUCCGCCACAGUAACAUCGUAGUGAGCAGCUCCUCCACAGCUACAAAGCCUGUCAGUACCGUCCAGGUGGGACCGUCCGCCCCACACAAUCCCUACCCUGCAUACCCACCCCCAGCAUACCCACCCCGGCAUACCCUCCACCACAACAGCCCCCAUCCAACAACCAAGCAUACCCUCCACCCCAACAGCCCCUACACACCCAACAGCAACCCAAGCAUACCCCCACCCCAGCAGCCCUACACACCCAACAACCCAGCUUACCCACCCCCACCCCUGCCUACAACAUAA